AUGCGCUUGCGUAAUUAUUUGCAUAUAAUAGUCCUACGUUAUAUUAGGAGCCAAACUAUUGACGUGGUCAGUUGGCUAUUUAGUGGACUACUUAUCACACAUCAUGAGGGCUUUUGUUUUAAUCUCGCUUCUGCUCGUUUUACACACGGCAUCAGCAACGCCGUCAUUGGAUAAAAUAACAGAGAAAGUACACGCGGGCUUGAAACAUCUGACACAGAAAGCGGCGAUUAAGCUGCACAAGCUGUCAGAGGAGAUAGACUUGCACAAGAUCCAGCAGCACAUUGUGCACGCGGCGAAGGCGCAUAAGCAUUACAUCCAUGAACACCACGUGAAGAAACCGCUCAUAGAUCAGCACCAAGUGGAGAAGUUGAAGCUGUACUUCGAACCGCACCAUCACCACAAACCGGCCCCAGUCCACUUCCACCACGUGGAUCAUAUCCACCAUUAGAAUUAGAGAUAUAGAAUUAAGUUAGGUAGUAGAUGUACAGAUCGACAAGGCUUUUUAUGAACGUGAGCGGGGGCGCUGUACGUAAAGAACUGUCAAAAAUGACGUUUUUGUAUGAGGGCAGCGUUAGUUCCUUUUUUCGCCACGUUGAUAUAUAAAGCCUUGUUGAUCUGUAAUAAAAGUGAGACAUUAUGUACACAGAAUAAAAAUUAAAUAGAAAACGAAAGAAGAUAAAGGUUUACAGAAGAUGUAAACAACGAUUAUUUGUAUAUAAAAUAUUACAUGUUAAGUAAAAUAAAUAGACUGAUAGACAAAAAAGAAGUUGGUAAUUAUUCUAUAAAGCACUGACCCAGAAUUCUGAGUCAACA